GCUGUCAGUUGCUGCUCUAGUGUAGAGAACGAGAAGGAACGUAUAAAGAGUCAUUUUGAUAUUUGGAAGACUUUGGACGUCAUGGUUAACAUCUCAAGUGAUAAAAUGAGAAAGGUUGAGGAAUUCCUACAACCCUUUCGGCUCACACCAGGGAAACUGGAAAGUGUGUCAACACGACUAUUGAAAGACAUGCUGUUAGGGCUGGCCAAUACAACAAAUUCAACUGCCUCAACCCCAGUGAAGAUGUUGCCUGCCUUAGUUGGACAACCUCCUGAUGAGAAUGGUGAUUUCCUGUCUUUGGAUGUGGGAGGGACCAAUUUACGUAUCAUGCUGGUGCAAGUGAAAGAUGGAGUGCCGACAGUGAAUAAGGAAAACGAAGAAGAAAUACCUGAAGAAAAGAAGAGAGGGUCUGGAGAGGAGUUCUUUGAUUACAUAGCUGAUGCUUUGGGUACAUUUCUGGAAAAAAAGCUCCCUAAAAUGCCUGGCCUUGGUUUCAUCUUUUCCUUCCCCUGCAGACAUAUAGCUUUAGACAAGGGGAUCCUGAUCAAGUGGACAAAAGAGUUUUCCUGUUCAGGAGUGGAGGGACAGGACGUAGUGCAGCUCCUCAAAGAUGCCAUAAGGAGACAGGGAAAGUUUGACAUAAGCUCAGUUGCCAUGGUGAAUGACACAGUGGGGACAUUGAUGAGUUGUGGCAAAACAGACUCUCCCUUUGAUAUAGGUGUCGUAAUUGGCACAGGGACCAACGCCUGCUACAUGGGAGACGAGGGAUGCAUCAACACAGAGUGGGGGGGCUUCGGGGAUGAUGGCUCCCUCAGAGACAUCCAGACAGAGUUUGACCUGGCAGUGGACUGCUACUCAGGCAACCCGGGCAUGAAUACGUUUGAAAAGAUGACUAGUGGCAGGUACCUUGGUGAGGUAGCUCGACUUGUUCUGGUGAAGAUGACUACAAAGGAAUUGCUGUUUAAUGGCAUUAUACCAAAAGAACUGCUAAAACCCUAUGGCUUUAAGGCUGAAUUCAUGUCUAACAUUGAGAGGAAGGAUGUUGGUUAUGUGAAGAAGAUCCUGAAACUCUCAGAAGAGCAGAUACAUAAUGAAAUAGACGAUACGAUCAUUCAGGUCUGUGAAGCCAUCUCCACUCGCUCUGCACAGCUAUGUGGUGCAGCCCUGGUCAGCAUAGCCAAUCUGAUCAAGAAAAAGGAAAUCACAGUGGCAGUGGAUGGUAGUGUCUACAGAUCGUAUACACAUUUCAGCCGCAGGCUUGAAGACACUGUUAAAGUUUUGGCAAUGGCACCCGAACGCACCUUCAAGUUUGAAAGGAAAUCCAGUGCCAUAGGUGCUGCUAUGGUUGUGGCUGCUGAAAACAGAAAAAAGAAAGAGGAAAAUAAGUGAUGACAAGUGAUGGCAGCCCACUCUUAAAUCCAAUCCCAUGCUUAUGAGCCACAGUGAAGUAGUUAAAGGUGAUGAAAGUGCAGAAGAGGAGGCAUCACUACUUGGCUGUAAAAACGUGGAAAAUCUCAUAGUUUAAAAUUAAUGGAUUUUUUUUUUUUGUCAUAUACUGUAACUGCUUAAAUCCAGCUUGCUCCAAAACAAAUGAAAAACAAAAUUCUGCAAUGAUAAGGUAACCAAUGUUAAACAACUUAGACAUAAAGUGUGUUUUUACUUGACGUCAAGGUUUGUCUUUAAGCAUAAAAUAGUUUUUGCCUAUAAAACGUAGAGUGUUUUUACUUAGACUUAAAGAAUAUUUGCUUAAAAAACUGUGUUUUUUAAUUAAGCUCAAAGUGUUGUGCUAAAUUAAAUGUGUUUUGAACAGUAAUGUGUGUCUCGACGCAAUAGGCUAAGGCUAGGGCGUGAAGCCCGCUAUAGACAAGUAUAAAAAGAGCCCCUUCAACUGCGCUCUUCGUCCGUUUCUUGCCUUCGGACUCUGGACUUCACAGAGAUGCUUUUUAUUAUUUAAUUUUCUUUGUACUUAUUAAAAGUCAAAACCUUAACCCUGGUUAGGGGUUUGUAAAAAGACGG